AUGGGUGGAACCGAAGGGAAUUUUGCCAAAAGGAGUGAUCUUGAGGCUGAUGGAAUGGGAUUGCCUUAUGAUUUGGGUUCUGUAAUGCAUUACGGACCCAAUGCUUUUACAAUAGACUGGGAUCAAAUUACAAUUAUAACAAAAGACUCAAAAUAUCAAAGAAGUAUUGGACAACGUUUAGGGCCUUCCUUUAUUGAUGUUAAACAAAUAAAUAGGCUUUAUUGUCAUCAUAUGUGUCAAGGCACUUCAGUUAUCUGUUUAAAUGGAGGUUAUGCUGAUACAAAUAAUUGUGAUAGAUGUAAAUGUCCCCCUGGAUUGGGCGGACCUAAUUGUGCAUCGGUAGAGCCGAGUGAAGGUAGUUUAAAUCAACUCGGACUUUCGUUAAAAAAAUUUUUUUUAAUUUUAGAUCCUUUUUGUGGAGGUGAAUUAUUAGCAAAUACAGGGUUAUGGCAACAUUUAACACAUAGAGGGGCAAAAAAAUGUAAUUGGAAAAUUAAGACGGAAGGAAAUCACAGAAUUCGUUUUAUUCUCGAUUCAGUCUCCUAUUCUUGUUCCACUACUUGUCAGGGUUUUGUUGAAAUAAAACAUAAUUCUGAUUUCCAACAAAUCGGGUUUCGUGCUUGUUGUGAUGAACAUGGAAUUGAAGUAAUUUCUGAACAAGCAGAGAUUUUGGUUAUUUCUGAUCCUCAAGGAGCUAAAGUUGGGGCCUUUACUUUACGUUAUAUUGCUGAUACUGGAAGUGGUGCACCAUUACCCAAACCUCCACCUCCCGCUUGGAUUCCUGGAAGAGAAAACCGUGCUUUCCGUGGUGUACAAAAUAAGGGCGGUGUUAUUGAAAAAUUCAUUUUAAAUUCAAUUCCGCGUGUUAGAGACCCAGACAGACCUGUAGAAUCUGUUGCUUCAAUUUUAACUGAUUAUUUUGCUUCUUCACUUUUGGGUGUUAAUAAAAGAAGAAGAAAAUAA